UCGCACAAUAGUGUUCACCGUCUUUCCUGUAAAUUUCCCAGCCAGGUGUGUUUUGUUUUAAAAAGAACCUUUUUUUUCCUUUCUCUUUCUACGCUAGCUGAGUUUUUGCACGGUGCCAGCGUCCAGCGAAUGUCCACCCGUGAUAACAUUUCACGCACAACAGGGGGGAGUCUUGUUGUUAAAUUGAGCGUGUAACAUUAUUACAAAAAGGCGGACCAUGACACCCAGCUUCCUCCAGAAAACAGAAAAUAUCUCAAUUUGUGCCCGAGCUAUGAUCGCUUCAAAAGCUUAAAAGCGCAAGGAAAUUGGAUCAGGGAGAAUCGUCACCCAACUUUCAUUAUUUAAAAGUAGUCUGAUUGAAUUAAGGGCAGGGAUAUGGUUAGAGGGAUGAUGGAGGGGACUUUGUGCGUAAUGGUGUGGUAUUAAAUUCUAAUUAGAGAUGCAGGAAUCAAUGAUAGGGAGGCUGGGCAGCCCAGUCCCCCUGUGCCAGCCCAAUAGACUGAUGAGUUAUUGUCAUGUAAAAGCGAAGGCAAUAAGACCACCGCUUUGCUAUUGUCCAAGUGGAAACAGCCAAGUUUAUUAUGAGGACUAUAUGCUCUAGAGACCUGAGGCAAGGCAGCUCAUAGGAGGCAUUUUGAUAAAACUAAGCUCUCCUGUUAGAAAGAAGCCCAGUUGUAAAGCAGGCUCUGCGCUGUGCACAUCUACCAACCAAAGGCACCUUCUCUCUUUCUCUCUUUUCUUUCUAUUUUUGGACAGCUAGCCAGAGCCUUUUCAAUGUAUAAAAUGGAAUAUUCUUACCUCAAUUCGUCUGCCUACGAGUCGUGUAUGGCGGGCAUGGACACUUCAAGCCUUGCUUCAGCCUAUGCUGACUUCAGUUCUUGCAGCCAGGCGAGUGGAUUCCAAUAUAAUCCUAUAAGGACCACAUUCGGGGCCACCUCGGGAUGUCCAUCUCUAACUCCAGGAUCCUGCAGCCUUGGAACUCUUAGGGACCAUCAGAGCAGCCCAUACGCAGCAGUACCGUACAAAUUGUUUACGGAUCACGGCGGCUUAAACGAGAAGAGGAAGCAGAGGCGGAUACGGACCACUUUCACCAGCGCCCAGCUCAAAGAACUAGAGCGAGUGUUUGCAGAGACUCACUACCCGGACAUCUACACGCGGGAAGAGCUGGCGUUGAAGAUAGAUCUCACCGAGGCCAGAGUGCAGGUUUGGUUUCAGAACCGACGGGCCAAGUUCCGCAAACAGGAGCGGGCGGCGGCGGCAGCGGCGGCCGCGGCCAAAAACAACAACGGUUCGUCCAAGAAAUCCGACCUGCGAGCGGAGGAUGACAACAAGGACUCGAAGCCGGCCGAUCCUGACAGCACGGGUCCAGGCAGCUGCGUUGCCACUUCAGGCAACGGCGGCGGUGUGCUCGGCAACGGGGGAGGCGGUGGCCUUGGAGGAGGGGGUGGUUUAGGUGGAGGAGGGGUUGGGGACUCCGCCAAGACGGCGGCAGCGGCGGCGGCAGCGGCGGCUGCAGCAGCUGCAGGAGUAGCGGGCACCGGCUGGGCAACGGGCCCGGGUGGGGUGAGCGCAGUGCCCGACUCAAUAGGCGGUCCUUUCGCCAGCGUGCUCUCCUCGCUGCAGAGACCCAACGGAACCAAAGCCACUUUAGUAAAGAGCAGCAUGUUCUGAACUUGACCUCCCCCCACCCCACCGCAUCACUGGGAUUAAAAAUAUGUAAAAAAAAGUACAAAACGAGAAAAAAUCUUUUUGUGUGUCUUUCUACAGCCGUGUUCUGUGAGUAAACCGUAAAAGUGUUAUUCUCAGUAUUGUCUUCACUAGUUGAUCUUAAAAAUACUUUUCUCCCCCGUAGUCCACAUGAAGUGUGUUUAUGGAGAACACACAUUAAAGGAGAUCAUCCUGGGUUGAGUUAUUUUGUUUAGGUAAAAGCAGGUUCAUAUAUUAAUAACAACAAUAACGGCAUAUAUUUUUGUUAAAUGCAUGUUGUCGUUUAUUUUUUAUUUCUCUCUCCGUCCCAUCAGAAAUUAUUGUGAACAUAAUCCUCAUAAAUUAUGUUUAGGAGUUCAAAAUUAUUUAUACGUGGUAUAAUGGAUGCUUAUAUUUAAAUAAGGGAAAUAUUUCUACGUGUGCAUAUAGUUUUCCAAAAGUGUACCAUUAACUUGAUUGUUGAUAAUAAAAUGCAAAGCAAAGGUUGGAAUAUGUUUCUGUUUUUUGUUACCAGAGUAAACUUGUGAGGAUAAUAUGUGCCGAGUUGAGAGAUAAAAUUAACCUUAAAAACAAAAUGACUGUGUGUUUUCAAUAUCAGAGGAUAGGAAGAUGUCAGUGUGAUUCUUUGAAUAUCAUUUGCCUAGUUUGAGUAAACAUCAUUCUAAUAUAUAUAUAUAUAUAUAUUAGCAGUUGUUUCGUCUUGUGCGGAGAAAUUCACGCACAUUUUCGAAUGGAGAUGGAAAUGCAAUAUUUAUAUACUAGUUGUAAUUGUAUUAGUUUCCAUUUUUUAAAUGUCAUGUUCGUUUGGAAAAAAACGGAAACUACAAAAUCAAAGCUGUGAAAUGAUAAUAAAAAACGUCAAAUAGGCCUGCUGAUUAACACUACACUUUGUGUUGCCUGCACAUUCUAAGCUCCAACUAUCAACCCUUCUGAUGAAACCUUUCUUGAAGACGAAUAUCUUGAUGUAAAACCAACAAGACCUUGACCAAUUUUCGCUCCUUCCUUUUUAUUUUUAAAUUUCAAGAAAAAUAUUAAGAUUUUUUUCAUAACAAAUAAAAAUAUGAUUAUGGAAAUCAACUCCUUUAAAAUGAAAAACAAAGAAAAAAACGUGAUCAUUUCUGCUUUGAUUACAUAACGCGAAUACAGCUAAUCGCAAACCAUUUGUAAAUGAAUAACAUGGAGGCGGAGGAAAGAAAGGAAAGAAAUUGUAGUUAUACAAAUACUUAGUUAAGCAUGGAAUAUUUGAAAUCUUUUCUCGCCAAUAAAAUAGUUUGAGUUCCGAAUAAUGUAAUUCAGAAAAUCCCGGAAACCAUAUUUCUCUUCGUCAUGCACCGAGAUUUCUCAUCAGAGGAUCUGUUUGUAUUCCGCUUGGCGUCUGGGGUAUACGUAGACGAGGUCGAACCUAGUUUACGUUUAAUAAUAAAACCAUAUAAGAA